CAUAGAAACGGACAGGAAGUUUACUGCUACGGUUUCUCAAACUAUCUUCGGCCAACAUUAAGUUACGGAAAUUAUUAACAUUUUGUACAUUUUGUUGCGUGAAACUAAAAACCCAGCUCAGCAUUCUUUACAUUUAUACUCACAUUAACACUGGGUGCUAUUUAAUAUAUAUUUGGUGGCGUAGUUUAGCUUCUUUAGCGGACAUUAGCUGGACAGCUAACGCUAAUGCUCGACGAGUGGAGAUGUUCAAAGCAAAAAUACUAUUUAUUGGUCCCAACGAGAGUGGGAAAACAGUUCUUGCAAAUUUCCUGUCAGACACACCAGAAAAUGUGGGAGGUGAAUACAGACCGACUCAAGGAGUAAGAAUACUGGAAUUUGAAUCACAUCCUGAAGGCACUGGUGACAACCUGAAAUGUGAAGUUGAACUUUGGGACUGUUCAGGAGAUUUUAAAUUUGAGUCAUGCUGGCCUGCACUGAUGAAGGACUCCAGCGGUGUGGUGAUCAUUUUUAAUCCUGAUGUCCCGAGUCACCUCAAAGAAAUAGAGACGUGGCAUUCGAUGUUCAUCUCCUCUCAAGGUCUGCAGGACAGCCAGUGUUUACUCAUGGCUCACCACAAGCCUGGUAGUGGAGUGGAAGAUGGACGGCUGCCUUUAGCCUCACAUUUAGGCAGACUGCCACUUAUUCACUCCAACCUGGAGGACGAGCCGGAGGAUGUGAGGCAAGCCUUCCACAGAUACUUGGAAAAUGUUGUGAGGACAAUGUCGGAGAGUCGAGAGCGAGAGGAGAUGUCCAUCAUUACAUAGCACCAAAAUCUAUGAAAUAUGCAGCUUAUUGAAUAAAUAUGUUGUUGGCAUUGG